AUGCAUAAGCAGCCACCUUUAGCAAUCCGCAAUGCCUUUACUGAUCCUUCGGAAGGAUCCUUGGAGACGUCGCGAGCGGAGAUCGCCAUCUUUGAAAUAAACGCGAUAGUUCAGGCAGAUCAAGAUCGCCUUCACAGCGACGAUUUGCGUCUCGAAGUUGCGCUGUUGGAGGCCAGGUGUGUCUCUGUGGAGGUGCUCUUUAUUCUGUGCGGAUGCGGGGCGCUCGAUGGCACGGAAAUUUCGGAAGCCGUCUCGACGGCCGUCCACUUGCGGCAGAAAGGAAUGAAGCCGCUGUUCUACGCCCCCGACGUCCAGAUGUGCGGGGUGGUCGAUCAUCUUUCCAAAGAAAUGGACAGGAGUGGCCACGGCAGAAACGCUCUCGUCGAGGCUGCCAGGCUGGCGAGAUGCUGCGUGAAACCUCUGUGCGAGUGCGAGGCCUGCACACACGGCGCGCUUAUCAUACCUGGAGGCUUCGGCGUGGCGCGCACCUUGAGCAACUUCGCCGCGAAGGGUGCGGACUGCACCGUGCUGCCCGACCUGGAGAAGCUUAUCGAGGACUUCUACUGCGAGAAAAAGCCGAUCGGCAGCAUGUGCAUAGCCAGCGCGGUUAUCGCCAAAGUGCUGAGCGGCGUGAAAGUCACACUCGGCAAGGAAUCGCCCAAAGAGGAAUGGCCGCACGCUGAAGCCAUCAAGAAGGUCCGGGAUAUGGGCGCCAGGCUGGAGAUGAAGGACGUGAGAGGUGUGACGCGCUGCAAGAGGUACAAUGUGUUCAGCACGCCCGCCUGGUUGUACACGUGCGCCACUUAUUCGGAGAUUCACGAGGGCAUCGGCAAGAUGAUCGGGAUGCUGAAGAAGUGCGUGAAGAAGCCGACGUGAACACGCGGAUGUUCCCUCUGGAUGUUCGCCUCUCGCGAGACGUGGCCUGUCACUUUGUAUCGUCAUUUAUGACGUUUCUACUUUUAUUACUCAUCACGAGUGAAUCAACGCUGAGAGGCGAGUGAAAGUCGACGCUGUUGUUGUUUGAGCGAGACUCGAUACGAGCGACGGGAAAAUUUGCCUUUUCAAUUCACUUUAUACACUGAAUUUUUCUCCCCGCGUGUUGAAUUUCGCACCAACAGCAGCGCUGGCUCUUGCUUGCUUGCCUCUGCGUUUUAUCACCUCCAUUGUUCUUUGGUACUGGAAGGUCUAUUUGUUUCGUACGUUGUUUAUUACUUGUACUUUUACGACGGACGAAGAGACCUUUGUCGCAUGAGAAUCGCACGCGAUCCCAGGCGAGUUUUGCUUGAAGAAAAGUGUCGGGCACAUUUUCAGCACGU